UACGCCGUCGCUUUUUUCUCCCAUUUUAGGGAGCGUUUUUAAAGUGAAGCCAACCCGCUCCACUCUCUGUCUUGUCUCUGUUGUUCUUUCUCUCUUCACACUCUGAAGAAAGAAAUUAAAAAUUAAAAAAUUAAAAAAUAACCGAGUUUUUCUCGGGAUUGAUUUUUUAACUCUUUAAAUCAAUUCCAGUUCACUGAUCACCGAUACCCUGCAUUUCUUUCCAAUUUUGAAAUGGACCGACGAGGAUGGCCAUGGAAGAAAAAACCUUCCGAAAAGACUGGAACCGACAAGCAGGGGGUUGUAUCUGAUGGAACCAGUGCUUCUUUGUCUUCCUUAGCAUCUCUUGGAGAUCAGGAAAAGUGUAAGAAGGUCAAUUAUGUUCAAAUAUCCAUGGAAUCUUACGUGCAUUUGACUGGGUUAGAGGAUGAAGUUAAAAAGUUAAAGGAUCAAGUUAGACUAUGUGAGGAUGAAGUAAAGAAUUUGAAAGGGAAACUAUCUGAAGCCGAUUCAGAGAUCAAGUCUAAGGAUGGUUUGAUUAGUCAACAUGCGAAAGUUGCUGAGGAAGCUGUUUCAGGAUGGGAAAAGGCGGAUGCGGAAGCUUUAGCGUUGAAACGACAACUUGAAAAUCUUACUCUCUUGAAGCUUUCAGUAGAGGAUCGAGCAGCCCAUUUAGAUGGUGCUCUUAAGGAGUGUAUGAAACAGGUAAGGAAUGUGAAAGAGGAAAGUGAGCAUAAAUUGCAUGAUGUGGUUCUAGCCAAAACUAUACAAUGGGACAAAGUAAAGCUCGGUCUUGAAGCGAAAAUAGCUGAAUUAGAUGAAGGGCUUUUGAGAGCAGCAGCUGAAAACCAAGCGCUUUCAAGGUCGUUGCAUGAGCGGUCAAAUUUGAUAGUUCAGAUUGAGGUAGAAAAAUCUAAAGCAGAAGCUGAAAUGGAACUUAUUAAGGAAAACCUUAUGUCACGUGAGAAGGAAAUAAGCUCACUCAAGUACGAGUUACAUAUGGUUUCUAAGGAGCUCGAAAUUCGCAACGAAGAAAAGAAUAUUAGUGUAAGAUCUGCAGAAGCAGCAAACAAGCAACAUUUAGCGAGUGUUAGCAAAAUUGCUAAACUGGAGGCAGAGUGUCAAAGAUUACGUGGCCUUGUUCGUAAGAGGUUGCCGGGGCCAGCUGCAUUGGCCCAAAUGAAGCAAGAAAUUGAUCAUUUUGGCCGAGAUUUUGGUGGACCUCAAUCAAAAAGGAAUGCGGUUAAGAAUCCUAACCCGAAUUUGUCUCCACAGAUGGAAUUUUCUGCUGGCAACUUGCUGCAAUCCCAAAAAGAGAUUGAUUAUCUUACUAUGCGUUUGUUGGAGAUGGAAGAGGAAACAAAGAUGCUUAAAGAAGCUUUGGCCAGUCGCAAUAGUGAACUGCAGGCUGCCAGAGACAUGUGUGCUAAGACGAGUGUAAAGGUCAAGAGCUUAGAAGCACAAAUACAGGCCCUUAAUAAUCAAACAAGCUCCCCUAAGUCAAGCAUCGGGCACCCUGCCGGCGAUCAUUCAAGUCAAUAUGCUAGCAAUGCACCUAGUAUCACUUCCAUGUCUGAAGAUGGGGUUGAUGUUGAAGGACGCUCAGCUGAAUCUUUGCUACCGGCGACCUCUGAUAUCUCUCAUUUGGAGAUGCAGAAGAGUAGCCAUAAAGUUCACAAGCAAGAGAAUCCCAAUUGCUUGGAAUUGAUGGACGACUUUCUGGAGAUGGAGAAGUUGGCAUGUCUGCCAAAUGAUGCUGGUGGAGCUAAUGAUGUUUCAAGCCAUCCAGGUAAUUAUGGGAAUUAUAGAGCAGAAGGUAAUAUGUCACGCAAUGCUGUCCAAGAUCAGGACCUCUUCUCUGUGCAAGAGUUUGGUUUUAGUCCAUCAUCAAAGCAGGGUUCUUCAAGUGCAAGAUCCUCAACAACAGAGCUUCAGCACGAUGUGGAAAAUCUGCCCUUCCAAAAGCUUCGGUCGAUGAUUUCUACGAUAUUUGAGUCUCAAACUAAGGACUCGAAUUUGGGGAAGGUUUUGGAGGUUAUCAAAUGUGCUAUUCUGGAAAUACAAGGUUCUCUGCCUCAGCACUGUUUAUAUGAAGGAGUUCAAGCAGGUCAUGGUCCCUCUGAUCCAAAGGAUGUAUCUGGACAGAGUUUGAUAUUCUUAGAUGAAGAGAAUAUUACUAAGAAAAAUUUGGCAUCUGCAAUAUCUCAGAUUCAUCAGAUUGUACUAUCAAUUGGCAGAGAAGCAAUGAGAGUUCAGGACCCUCCUACUGAUGGUCAUAGGCUAAGCAAAAAGUUAGAUGACUUCUCUGCCUUUGUGGAUAAAUUUGUAUUUGACAAGAAGGGUUUGGUUGACUUCAUCUUAAGACUUUCUCAUGUUUUUGCUGAAGCUGAUCGACUGAACCUCGGUUUCCUGAGAUAUAGGGAUUAUGAUAGGAAUGCCAGCGAUAAUGAUUGCAUAGACAAGGUUGCUUUGCUAGAGAAUAAUGCUAUACAAGAUAACCCAUUGAAACAUGCAUGUGGCGGAGGGUGUCAUCUUUGUCAUUCCUGUCCUGAUUCAGAGGUAAAUAGAAUCUCCGAUCCAAGUUUUCAACCCGGUGCUACAUCAUGCUCAUGCUUAUUGAAAGAGUUGGAACAGCUGAAAUUGGAUAAACAAAAUAUCACAGUGGAUCUUGCAAGAAGCACCGAAGAUCUUGAAAAUGUAAAGUUGCUGCUGCAGGAAACAGAGAAUAGUCUGACUGAACUGAAGUUACAGUUGGCUUCCUCUCAAAAUCUUCACAGUCUUGCUGAAACUCAGCUGAAAUGUAUGACUGAGUCUUACAAGUCACUGGAAUUGCGUGCUCAAGAGUUAGAAGCUGAGGUAAACCUUCUGCAAGAAAAGUCAGCGAAGUUAGAUGAUGAACUACUAGAAGAAAAGCGUGGCCAUCAGGAUGCGCUGGCUAGAUGCAAGGAUCUUGAGGACAGAGUGCAAAGGAAUGUGGCCUCCUUUUUCUUUCCGUCAUCAGCAAUAGGAGAUUCUGAAAUGAAGAUGAAACAGGAAAGAGAGUUAAAAGACGCAGCACAAAAGCUUGCAGCAUGCCAGGAGACCAUAUAUCUUCUUGGGAGGCAGUUGCAAUCUUUGCACCCUCAGACAGAGAACCACCAGACUCAUCACAGUGACAAGCUGUUGGGUGAAAAUUCUGCAGAAGGCAGACUGAAUCAUAGUGGUUCAAAGGCACAGGAUAUUCACCAUAUCGAUGACUUUGAUCGCAGUGACAGUGUAGCUUCUGCUGAUGUGCAAUCUGUGAGUGAGGAUUCCUUGCAUUAUAGUCAUUCCACACCAAGUCCCUUUGAUAAUGAGCCCAAUCUUUCAUCGAGUUCUUUGACGAGCUUGUCUCACCUCAGCCACAGGCGUACCAAAUCUACAUUCUCUGCUUCUACUCUUGAGCGAGAGAAACAUUUACGUAGUUUUGGUCGUCUUUUACGUUUGUUGGAGAUGGAAGAGGAAACAAAGAUGCUUAAAGAAGCUUUGGCCAGUCGCAAUAGUGAACUGCAGGCUGCCAGAGACAUGUGUGCUAAGACGAGUGUAAAGGUCAAGAGCUUAGAAGCACAAAUACAGGCCCUUAAUAAUCAAACAAGCUCCCUAAGUCAAGCAUCGGGCACCCUGCAGCAUCAUUCAAGUCAAUAUGCUAGCAAUGCACCUAGUAUCACUUCCAUGUCUGAAGAUGGGGUUGAUGUUGAAGGACGCUCAGCUGAAUCUUUGCUACCGGCGACCUCUGAUAUCUCUCAUUUGGAGAUGCAGAAGAGUAGCCAUAAAGUUCACAAGCAAGAGAAUCCCAAUUGCUUGGAAUUGAUGGACGACUUUCUGGAGAUGGAGAAGUUGGCAUGUCUGCCAAAUGAUGCUGGUGGAGCUAAUGAUGUUUCAAGCCAUCCAGGUAAUUAUGGGAAUUAUAGAGCAGAAGGUAAUAUGUCACGCAAUGCUGUCCAAGAUCAGGACCUCUUCUCUGUGCAAGAGUUUGGUUUUAGUCCAUCAUCAAAGCAGGGUUCUUCAAGUGCAAGAUCCUCAACAACAGAGCUUCAGCACGAUGUGGAAAAUCUGCCCUUCCAAAAGCUUCGGUCGAUGAUUUCUACGAUAUUUGAGUCUCAAACUAAGGACUCGAAUUUGGGGAAGGUUUUGGAGGUUAUCAAAUGUGCUAUUCUGGAAAUACAAGGUUCUCUGCCUCAGCACUGUUUAUAUGAAGGAGUUCAAGCAGGUCAUGGUCCCUCUGAUCCAAAGGAUGUAUCUGGACAGAGUUUGAUAUUCUUAGAUGAAGAGAAUAUUACUAAGAAAAAUUUGGCAUCUGCAAUAUCUCAGAUUCAUCAGAUUGUACUAUCAAUUGGCAGAGAAGCAAUGAGAGUUCAGGACCCUCCUACUGAUGGUCAUAGGCUAAGCAAAAAGUUAGAUGACUUCUCUGCCUUUGUGGAUAAAUUUGUAUUUGACAAGAAGGGUUUGGUUGACUUCAUCUUAAGACUUUCUCAUGUUUUUGCUGAAGCUGAUCGACUGAACCUCGGUUUCCUGAGAUAUAGGGAUUAUGAUAGGAAUGCCAGCGAUAAUGAUUGCAUAGACAAGGUUGCUUUGCUAGAGAAUAAUGCUAUACAAGAUAACCCAUUGAAACAUGCAUGUGGCGGAGGGUGUCAUCUUUGUCAUUCCUGUCCUGAUUCAGAGGUAAAUAGAAUCUCCGAUCCAAGUUUUCAACCCGGUGCUACAUCAUGCUCAUGCUUAUUGAAAGAGUUGGAACAGCUGAAAUUGGAUAAACAAAAUAUCACAGUGGAUCUUGCAAGAAGCACCGAAGAUCUUGAAAAUGUAAAGUUGCUGCUGCAGGAAACAGAGAAUAGUCUGACUGAACUGAAGUUACAGUUGGCUUCCUCUCAAAAUCUUCACAGUCUUGCUGAAACUCAGCUGAAAUGUAUGACUGAGUCUUACAAGUCACUGGAAUUGCGUGCUCAAGAGUUAGAAGCUGAGGUAAACCUUCUGCAAGAAAAGUCAGCGAAGUUAGAUGAUGAACUACUAGAAGAAAAGCGUGGCCAUCAGGAUGCGCUGGCUAGAUGCAAGGAUCUUGAGGACAGAGUGCAAAGGAAUGUGGCCUCCUUUUUCUUUCCGUCAUCAGCAAUAGGAGAUUCUGAAAUGAAGAUGAAACAGGAAAGAGAGUUAAAAGACGCAGCACAAAAGCUUGCAGCAUGCCAGGAGACCAUAUAUCUUCUUGGGAGGCAGUUGCAAUCUUUGCACCCUCAGACAGAGAACCACCAGACUCAUCACAGUGACAAGCUGUUGGGUGAAAAUUCUGCAGAAGGCAGACUGAAUCAUAGUGGUUCAAAGGCACAGGAUAUUCACCAUAUCGAUGACUUUGAUCGCAGUGACAGUGUAGCUUCUGCUGAUGUGCAAUCUGUGAGUGAGGAUUCCUUGCAUUAUAGUCAUUCCACACCAAGUCCCUUUGAUAAUGAGCCCAAUCUUUCAUCGAGUUCUUUGACGAGCUUGUCUCACCUCAGCCACAGGCGUACCAAAUCUACAUUCUCUGCUUCUACUCUUGAGCGAGAGAAACAUUUACGUAGUUUUGGUCGUCUUUUUUCAUUGGAAGGGAAGAAUGAGCAGUAGAAUUGUGCCAUCUAGCUUUUGUAUAGAUUUCCAGGUUUAUGGGAUAUAUGGCAGGCUCUGAAUUUACCAUAGCAAUUCGGCUGGCCCCAUCUGUCCUAGAUAUUAUUUCUUUCUCUUUUUCACUCGGAGUGCAGUUGCGGUUCUGAUCGGAACUCGCAGAUUGUAGAAAUUAUAGUAAUGAUGAAAUGAAAUGGCAGAUCUAUAUGCCCUUAUAAUUAA